CCUCCCUCUUGCGGAAUCAAAACAACAAUGGCGCGAAAGCAGGAGCCCCAUUUGUCUGUGCUGCAUGGGAACACGAAGCCAAAAUUGAUACAGAGAUCUCAACAUUUAUUCCAAUGUCCUUUCUGUCCCAAAGAAGGUGAAUACUGCAAGUUGGUCCCACACUUGCAGUGCCACAAUAAAGAUGUAGUUCGAUAUGCAGGCUUUUCAAUAUACAAGUGCCGAAGAGGAUGCGUGUCUAGUGGACAUUACCACUGUUGUUUUUGUUCAAAAACAUAUGUAAGGAGAGACAAUUUUUUGCGUCACCUCAAAUUGAAUAAAUGUGUAGUGAACCCUGCAGUGCCCCCUGCAGUGACGGGACUCUCCCUGCUUCCUCCAGUGACCGUCCUCCCUGCGCCUUCAGCUCCUCCCAUAGUGACGGGCACCUCCAUGCCUCCAAAAAAGACUGGUCCCAUUGUGACGGGCACCUCUGUCCCCCCUGCAAGCUCUUCACACACACGGGACAGGUGUAAAUCAAAAAUGAAGACAACUAUGUGUUGCUUUUGUCAUUUGAAGCUGAACAAGAAAAACCUGAAGUUACAUAUGAAGAGGCGACACUCAGAAACACUUGUCAACAUUAAGGAACACCAUUUUGUUGAUAUGGCUGGACUACUAAUGGAAGAGGUAUAUUAUGUUGGAGUAGACAUUGGCACUGCCAGUGUGAGGGCUGCACUGGUGACCAGAGACGGCCUGGUAAAGACCACUGCAGAAGAGCCCAUCAGCAUUUGGGAACCCCAGUCUGACCACUAUGUCCAAUCCUCCUCUGAGAUCUGGAUGAAAUGCUGUGCAGUUGUCAAGAAAGUUACCCAGGGUGUGGAGAAGAGCCAGGUUUCUGGUUUGGGCUUUGAUGCCACCUGCUCUCUAGUGGUUUUGGAUCAGAACUUCCAGCCUGUGCCCGUUAAUCAGGAUGGAGACAGUCACAGGAAUGUAGUAAUGUGGAUGGACCAUCGUGCUGCAGAGCAGGCCAAUCGUAUAACCAGCGCUGGCCACAAGGUCCUGAGCAGAGUGGGAGGAGUCAUGUCACCUGAGAUGCAGCCUCCUAAACUGCUCUGGCUGAAAGAGAAUCUGAAAGAAAGCUGCUGGGACAAAGCUGCUCACUUCUUUGACCUGCCAGACUUCCUGUCUUGGAAAGCAACAGGUUCUUUGACAAGGUCCUUAUGUACUGUGGUGUGUAAGUGGAUGUACUGCCCUCCAGAUGGAUGGGAUGACAGCUUCUGGACUAGCAUUGGAUUGGAGGACCUCCUGGAAAAUGACUUUUCCAAAAUAGGCAGUGAGAUGUGUUCUCCAGGGAGCCCAUUAGGCAGUGGCCUCACCCCAGAGGCAGCAGCAGAUUUGGGUUUGGACCCAGGAACUGCAGUUGGAGCCUCUCUUAUUGAUGCUCAUGCUGGAGGCCUAGGUGUGAUCGGUGCAAACGUCACAGGCUUCGAUUUGCCGUGUGAGGAUAAACCGGUGACUUCACGCAUGGCAAUGAUUUGUGGGACUUCAACCUGUCACAUGGCUGUCAGCGAGCAGCCUCUGUUUGUGCCAGGAGUGUGGGGACCCUACCUGUCUUCUAUGUUGCCUGACAUGUGGCUCAACGAGGGAGGACAGAGUGCGACAGGACGACUGAUUGACCAUUUAGUGAAGGGCCACGCUGCCUAUGCUCAGCUGCAGGAACAGACACAGCAGAGGUUUCCCUUCACAGGUGAGAACAUCUACAGUUACCUGAAUAGUCACCUGAGUUUAAUGGCUGCCUCUAAUUCCUCUGUUGACCUGCUGGGGUCCAGUCUUCACUUGUGGCCGGACUUCCACGGGAACAGGUCACCGCUGGCUGAUCCCACAUUGAAAGGCAUGGUGAUCGGGCUCUCAGUGUCCCAAACCAUCGACGACUUGGCCCUGCUCUAUUUAGCCACCGUUCAAGCGCUCGCUCUCGGCACACUUCAUAUUCUGGAGGCCAUGAAAGAGGCAGGACACGACAUCACAACCCUCUUCUUGUGCGGUGGACUGAGCAAGAACGCCCUAUUUGUACAGAUUCAUGCCAACGCAACAGGAUUGCCUGUGGUGUUGCCAGACCAGGCGGAGGCUGUGUUAAUAGGAGCAGCAAUUUUGGGAGCGUGUGCAUCUCAGCACUUCAGCAGUGUACAGGAGGCAAUGGAGAAAAUGGCUAAAGUGGGCAGAGUUGUUCAGCCGGAUCAUAAACUACAGAGCUUCUAUAAGAGAAAGUACACAGUGUUCUUGCGGCUUUUUGACCACCAGAGGGAGUACCAGGCCAUUAUGGACCACAAAGAGGCAGAUUGAGGCUGGGACUCAGAGUCUCUGUGUCCUCUCAGAGAUCA